GCGGGAGCUGUCUCAACAACGCGUUGUGAUUGGUCGGCGCCUCUCCUGGUUACCAGUCGUCACUGGACGCAAAAACACAGAGAGACUCGAGCAAACAGAAGAGCGAUUUCUACAGAGAAAUGUCAUGGACUGAGCUGAGGAGGAGCAGGGGAGGAAAACGCUCCUCCACUGAGGAGAAACUGGAUGAAUAUUUAAUCAACCUGCAGCAGAAAAACAGGGCUCUGAGGCGACUGCAGAAGAAAGAUCCCCGUCAGGAGGAGUUGGAGCUUUUGGAGCAGGGGUUUAACCUCUUCAUCAACGGAGCUCAUGUGAGCAACAGCAGCCGAUCCUGCAGGAGAGCCACUCGACCUCCACCAGCAACCAGGAGCACACGGACCGCGGAUUCCUCCAGAUUGAGCGAAGAGACGUCUGAUCCAGAUUCACAAAAACAACGGAGUCGAACAGCACCCGAGAAAACACAGAGACGACAAUGGGUGCAGGAAUCAGUGUAUAUCUGCACUGAGACGGGAAACAAAGUGAAGAUUUCACCAGAACACAAAUACUCAGAUGACUUUGAGCUGUGUGAUAGUGUUAAUAUGGAGUCUCCUCGAGAAAAACGCACAUUCGGUCUGAAGUCACGCAGUGAACCAGAGACCGUCGACAGGGUUCUUCUCAAUCCUGAUCAGGUCAAGGCACUUCGACGAAGCCUGGAGGUGAGCGUCGGCCGCACCACUCGAGACUCAGCUGGAGAAGAAUCGGAUGAGGAAUGGAUCGAGGAACAGAUUGAAAGAGAAGAGAGCAGUGACAGCCUUCCUGACAUCACACUUUCUGCCCAACCCACAAAUCAGCCAAUCAACAAGCAGCUCAGCCAUGGUGACCUCAUCAUGCUGGAGUUUAGUCCCUCCCCUCAAGGUGGGCGAAAGAUUGAGCGCUCUCUCUCGGCUAAAAGAAAAGAAAACGUGGAGUCGUACAUCCCUACCAAACCCGUCGCUGUGAGGAGACAAACGGAGAGAGCGUCUGAGAGUAGACACGACGCUUCAUGGUCGUGUAGUCGCACAGAGCGCCCCCUUUCUGCGACUCGUAAAGUGCAGGAGAAGAGAGAUUCGGAUGAGACGGCUGCCAGCGUCUUUCAGGCCCUGCAGAGAGAAAACACACAAACACCUGAUCACAGAGUUUACACACGUGAGCGGGGAGGAGAGAGCAGUGCACGCCAUCACACAUCUGUACGGCUUUAUGAUGAGGAAGAUGAUGACGAUGAAGAUCAUAAUGGGGUUAUCAGAGCUAUGCAGAGAAUCGCUAUCAUGGAACCAAGACAGCAGAAAUGUUUGUUGAAGGCUCUGGAGAGGAUCGAUACUGUAGAUCAGUCUGGUCUUACUGACCGAGGGAGCUUUACUCCGAACCAGGAAGAAGCAUCUAUGCAGGUGACAUCCAGCCUUUACGUUACCAUGGAGAUUUUGUCAAACUGGGGUCACCCGGGUCAGGUCGGGCUCACAGAAGUUCAGUUCUUCUGUCCACAAAAUCAAAAACUCUACGUCUCUCCACACGACCUGGACAUCCGGAACACCGAACAGCCUGGAAAUCUCACCGCACUCGUCAACGGAAAAACAAAAACGACAAAAGAGCGACACAUGUGGAAGUGUCUGUUUCACCCACCCGUCCAGUUGUACUUCAUCAUCAGGAAUGUGGAUCACUCUCCGGAUUUCAGCAUUUCCCGAAUUAAAAUCUGGAAUUAUAACCGAAAUCUCAGUGAUCUGGAUGUGGGUGCUCGUCAUGUUCGUCUGUAUGUGAACAGCACUCUGGUGUUUGAGGGUCAGCUGGAGAAAGGUUGUGGGAAUCAGGUUUUCGACUACAGCAACUCUAUUGAACUCCAACAACUACAUCCCCCAGAGUGCACCUCUCCGAACCUGUCAUCAGGACGAACCCUGCAAGACCGGAGCCCUCAUGACAAUAACACCAAAUCUCAAGAGUCCAAUGCUAGCCAAUCAGAUUCCAACUUUGAUCCAAUAGAAGAAACAAGCCAGGAUCAAGACGAACAAUCAGAUAAAAGCGCCGCUCACCCGGUUAACCCCGGAAACGUUGGGGCUGCAAUGCAGAGAGACUCCCUAAACAUGGACUCUACUCUUUUAGACCUCGCUUUGCCGACCCAGCAGAAGGAUGAGUAUCCAGGACUAAAGACUGUGACCACACAGCCGUCCUCAAGUCGGAUACCACACUGGCUUAAGCCGCUGAAUCGGACCACGGCGGACGGAGUUGAAGGCUGUCAGGAGCGAGAUCUCCCACCCUGGCUCCAACCUCAGACUACAGUCGAAGGCAAACCCUCAGUGAUUCCUGACAUAUCCUGCAAUCCAGUGCGCGUUUGUAAAGAUUCAUCUGGCCAGAGGGUUCAAAGAGGAACAUCGGGUGAAUUCGGCCCAGAUUUGGGACUACACUGUAGAUCAGAGGUAAACUGGCAGAAAGAUCAGAGUUUAGAGUUGGAAGAGGACUCACGAUUGUACACAGAGCGACACUCGCAUAAUCGGUUGGACCGGGAUUUGGACCUGUGGGAUGAACGGAUCAAGAGAGCGGAACGACCCGUCAGUGGAAGGAGAUCUCAAAACCGAAAACAAAUGAACUCCAGCAGUGACCUUAAUGCAACAGAGGAAAGUGGCGCAGCGUCUGGCCACAACAGAAGACCGAAACAUUGGUGUCAACCGGACGAUCCAUUAAUGGAAUCUUGGGACUCAUUAACGAAAUUCAACCAAUGUCAACGCGGGCGAAUCUCUAACAUGGCACUGGAGGGAGAUAUUUUUGAUGAGUUCGUUCAGCGCCAGUCACACCCGACCCCCACCACCACCCGUCCCCCAUCCGCCCCUAUGCUUCCAGAUUCGGAUGACCUUGAAGAAGACCAACGUGACCCAGACGAAGACUUCGAAAUCCCGGUUCUACCGCAAGGACGUCAUCUCGUCAUUAACAUCACGUCUACGUGGGGCGACCGGCAUUACGUCGGGCUCAACGGGAUCGAGAUUUUCACUUCAAGCGGUGAGCCGGUCACACCCGUCCACGUCACGGCCGACCCUCCGGAUAUUAACGUCCUUCCUGCUUAUGGGAAAGACCCACGCAUUGUUACCAACCUGAUCGAUGGUGUUAAUAGGACUCAGGACGACAUGCACCUGUGGUUGGCUCCAUUCACCCCUGGCCGUAAACACGUCAUCUCCAUGGAUCUUGGCGUUAAGUGUUGCCUGGCAAUGAUUCGGGUUUGGAAUUACAACAAAUCCAGGAUACAUUCGUUCAGAGGAGCGAGAGAAAUUGAAAUGAUUCUUGACGGUCGCUUCAUUUUCAAAGGCGAGAUUGCCAAAGCUUCUGGAACUCUCUCAGGAGCACUGGAUCAGUUUGGAGACACUAUUCUCUUCACGACGGAUGAUGAAAUCUUGGAGGCGAUGGCUCAGUUUGAUGACACGUUUAGGGGUGAACCGGAGAUGGGCGGCUCGGGCGUAGAGGAAGAAGAACUGCAGCGGCCGCGGACGGCUGAUGGUGAAGGAGAGGAAAGACCCUUUACACAGGCUGGAUUUAGAGAAAGCAACUCUCUGAUGAGACUGGACCAGACUCUUGCCGAAGAAUCAAGUGCCGAUGCUGGAGAAGAGACAACUGGACUUUAUACGGGCAGCACCCUGCAGCUGAACCUGGUGAUGUCAUGGGGUGAUCCUCACUAUAUAGGUUUAACAGGGUUAGAGGUUGUUGGUAAAGGGGGUGAUAGUAUCCCUAUUGAUGUCUCUAUGGUAACCGCAUCACCUCGUGACCUAAACGACCUCCCUGAAUAUAGCAAUGACCUUCGAACUGUGGAUAAGUUAUUUGAUGGGGUGAAUAUCACAAUGGAUGAUAAGCACAUGUGGCUGAUACCGUACACAUCUGGUUAUGAUCACAAACUCACCCUGCGGUUCGGGCAGCAGCACACCAUCGCUGGACUCCGAAUAUGGAACUAUAAUAAAUCUCCUGAAGACUCUUACAGGGGGGUGAAAGUUCUGCAGGUGUUUCUGGAUGGAGUUUGUGUUUCUCCUCUCGAGGGCUUUCUCAUUCGGAAGGGACCCGGGAACUGCCAGUUUGAUUUUGCACAGGAGAUUCUGUUCAUAGACUAUCAGCAGUCCAACACCAGCGGUUCUUCCCAUAACAAAUCAUUUACUGGGACCAGCAGGACCACAGAGGACACACACACUCACUGUGGAGAUGAGUCCGCCAGUAUGGAUUAUGAAGCUCCAUUGAUGCCCUGUGGAUUCAUAUUUCAGCUGCAGUUGUUGACCACGUGGGGCGACCCGUACUACAUCGGUCUGAACGGCUUGGAAUUCUACGAUCAGGAUGACCAGAAGAUACCACUGAAUGAAAACAACAUCGCCGCUUUCCCAGACAGUGUGAAUGUUUUAGAUAACGUGAUCGGAGACGUCCGCACACCAGACAAACUGAUCGACGGUAUCAAUAACGCACAUGAUGGGCGACAUAUGUGGCUCGCUCCCGUGCUGCCCGGACUGGUGAACCGUGUCUAUGUCAUCUUUGACAAGCCAGUAACCGUAUCCAUGAUUAAAUUAUGGAAUUACUCCAAAACGCCACAGAGAGGAGUCAAAGAAUUUGGGCUCCUUGUUGAUGAUCUGUUGGUGUAUAAUGGGAUUUUGGAGUGUGUAAAGAACGUUUCGCGGGGAAUUCUGCCAACCCUGGAUCCUGUUGUACCAUAUCACACCAUACUGUUCACGGACAACACGCACAUCACAAACAGAGAGAAGAACACAAUUAUCAGCAACCAUGUGGAGGACCAGGAUGUGAAAUUGACCAAUGAAAAUCAAAUCAUUUACCAACAGAAGAAGAAACAAACAGCUGACCCAGCUCUGCGGCCCAAAACCUGCAUGACAGAUGCACGAAAACACGGAAAGCAGCGAUACUAAGAGCCGGAAAGAAAAUAUUGAUCCAGACAGAUCAUGAAAGAGUUUACAGGACCAGGUUUUGUUUUUCUUUAUUCUUCCAAUAUUUGGAAGAUUCAGUGACUUUGGCACACACUGGUGUUCAUAUGUAAUUUAUGUAUGAUAUUACUGUAUAAUGGUUUUUAUUUUUGAGUAGCUGUACAAUACCUAACUAUUUUAAAGUUUGUUUAAAGUGUCCUUUUAAAGAAAAUACCAUGCACCAUCAUAUUUCAUAUCAUUUAUACUGCUGAUGACUACUAUAUAAACAUCAUAGCUUAUGUCUACUUUUAAUAUUUAAGUCAAAUUGUCCAGACAUCAAAACUGACAGAGAGUAAGUAUUCACAAUAUUUCUACAAAUAUUUCACAAUAUUUCAAGACACUACUGUACAAAUUUAUUAUGCAACUGCCAGUUUACCUCUUAUUAAAGCAGAUGUAAUUAUUAUUAAA